GACAUGACAGCCAAAUGGCAGCCUCAAUUCCUGUAUCCACAACUCUCAAGUAUACUAAUACACACUCGAAUCAUUCAAUUUACCCACUAUUUCUACUCCACAAUUCCAUCUCAUUGAAGGAGCUCAAGCAAAUUCAAGCCUUCUGUAUGAAGACCCGUCUUCAGAAUCAUGGCACCCUCAUCAAGUUCUGCACUUUGAACCCAACAGCCGACUCUUUGACUCACGCCUCCCAACUGUUCGACGAAAUGCCCCACCCAGAUAUAAUUGUCUUCAACCAAAUAGCCCGUGGGUAUGCCCAUAGUGAUACCCCACUUAAAGCCAUGACCCUUUUCGCUAAUGCCCUUUCUAUUGGCAUAAGUCCCGAUGAUUACACAUUUCCAUCUCUCCUCAAGGCGUGUGCUAGAUUUAAGGCUUUAGAGGAAGCCAAGCAAUUGCAAUGUCUAGUUAUCAAACAUGGUCAGACUUCAAACAUCUAUGUUUCCCCUGCUCUUGUUAACAUGUACGCGGAAUGCAACGACAUGGGUGCUGCUCGGCUCGUGUUUGAUCGGAUUUCCGAACCGUGCCUUGUGACCUACAAUGCAAUUCUAACCGGUUAUGCUAGAAAUUGUAAACCAAACGAGGCGUUAGCUCUAUUCCGUGAAUUGCAAGCGAGUAGUCUAAGCCCCAACCAAGUUACCAUGCUUAGCGUGCUUUCUUCCUGCGGUUUAGUAGGUGCACUCGAGCUAGGCAAAUGGGCACACAAAUACAUUACGAAAAACGGGCUCAAUCGCCACUUGAAGGUUCAAACCUCCCUUGUGGAUAUGUACGCCAAAUGUGGAAGCUUGGACGACGCGGUUUUGGUUUUUGAUGAAAUGACCUCGAGGGACACGGGUGCAUGGUCUGCGAUGAUCAUGGCUUACGCGAUUCACGGUCAGGCUCAGAGAGCCAUGUCUGCUUUCCGCGACAUGAAAAUGUCUGGUCUGAAUCCAGAUGAGAUCACGUUUUUGGGUCUUCUUUAUGCUUGUGAUCAUUCCGGACUAGUAAGUCAAGGUUGGAGAUUUCUUCGUGAAAUGAAGGAAGAACUCGGGAUUUCUCCCGGGAUAAAGCAUUAUGGUUGUGUGGUGGAUAUGCUUGGACGAGCGGGCCGAUUGAAUGAUGCAUAUGGGUUUCUCGAGAAUCUCCCAAUUAAGCCGACCCCGAUCCUCUGGAGAACUCUGUUAUCGUCCUGUAAUAUUCAUGGGAAUGUCGAACUGGGAAAACGGGUGAUGUCGAGAAUUGUCGAAUUGGACGAUUCUCAUGUCGGGGAUUAUGUAAUCUUCUCGAACCUAUGUGCAAGAGCUGGAGAAUGGGAGGAGGUGGAUGAAAUCCGAAAGAAACUAAAGGACAAACAACUUAAAAAGAUACCCGGGUGUAGCUCAAUAGAAGUGAAGAAUGAAAUCCAUGAAUUCUUUUCGGGCGGGCGGAUAGAGUACGGGUCGUUGCAUCGGGCGGUUGAUGAGGUAUUUGAAGAAUUGAAAUCGGUUGGGUACAUUCCGGAAACUUCCUUAGUGUUUCAUCAAGGAAUGGAAGAUAAAGAAGAGAAAGCAAAGAGUAUAAGGUACCAUAGCGAGAAGUUGGCAAUUACGUUUGGAAUCGUAAACACUGCUCCUGGAACGACCAUUCGGGUUGUAAAAAACUUGAGAAUGUGCGGGGAUUGUCAUUCUGCAGCUAAAAUAAUGUCGGUUGUUUUCGAAAGGGAGAUAAUGGUUAGAGAUGUGCAACGGUUCCAUAGAUUCAAAAAUGGGAAAUGUUCUUGUGGGGAUUAUUGGUAGCAAUUCAAACUAUUAUUCUUUUGCAAAAGAGAAUUUGAAACUCAUAACAUUUUAUUCGAUAAAAAAUAUAU